AUGUCUCCGCAACUCAGGAGCGUCGGCAUCGUUGAUCUUCUCGAGGCUGAUCCACGACCGACCUUCAUCGUCGAUCUUACCAUCGCCGCCGGGAGUUCAGAACAGACCUCCUCCAUCGCCUACUGCAACCCCGCCCUCUCGGCCUGUCCUGACCUGGUUGAUCUUGUCCAGUCCUCCCGCAGCCAACACGCUGUCCUCUGGGAAUGGAUCUCCGCCUCCUUCUUGCCCCCGAGUGUCACCAAGGCCCGCAGCUCUUCAUCGUCGGACUCUCCCUCGUCGCCCUUUUACUACUCCAACGCCCAAUGGAGCAAGUGUCUCGUCCAAGGAAGGUGGCUGGUCGUCGGAACCAACGAGCAGCCCUCAUCCGCCGACCGUCCCCGCAAAAUCCGGCUCGACUCUCAGAAAGGAAGCUUUGGCGUCUCCGGCAGCGCCAACAGGGUUGCAUCUUCCACUUUACCCAUCGCGAUCCCGCAUCAUGACCGCCGGUCAGACUCGCUGUGUGGUCCAGGAACAGCCUCUGAACACGACCCUUUGCCCGCACAGAGAAUGUCUGUUGAGCCGGACUGGGUCUUGCCACAAAUCAUGCACGACCAGGGUCCGUUUCUCAAAAUCCUGACAAGCAUCGAUUGGGCUUCGACGCCGCUGGGGCCUCUCAACGCCUGGCCAAACUUACUCAAACAAACGCUCAACCAGGUUCUCGCAGACUCCCGCCCCAUCGCUCUAUACUGGGGGGAUCACUUUACCACGAUCUACAACGAAGCAUUCGGGGCCCUGUGCGGAUCGAAACAUCCAGGCCUGUUGGGAAAGUCGCUGGAGGAUGUCUGGCUCGAGGCUGGCCCUAAGCUCAAGGAGAUCAUGCUCAAGACCGCCCAGAACCGUCGUGGUGUCGUCGAAAAGGAAUGGCGAUUUUUUAUGGAAAGGACAGAUGAUGGCCCCGAAGAGACUUAUCUGAAGUGGUCAGUCGUGCCCGUCAUGGAGGAGGAGAAAGUUUCAGGCUUCUUGCAUCCCAUUCUUGACGUCACAUCGGUGCGCCUGUGGGAGAGGCGGAUGAAGAUGCUCAUCGACCUCGGCGAUGCACUGGUGACAGCCAGGGACGCCAAGUCUUACUGGGCCAAAGCUAUCGAAUUUCUCGGCGCCGUCGAGCCCAGGUACGAUGUUCCGCUGGCGAUUCUGUACUCGGUUCAGGAUGACCCGGAGGCACAAAGUGUUACACACUCGCUAUAUGGAUUUCCGAAAUUAUGUCAGCUCGAAGGCGCGCUGGGUGUGCCCAAAGACCACAUCAUCGCACCGCCCACCAUCUCGCUUCGAAACACCGACCAGGGUCUCGCGUCUAUCUUCCGAAGUGCUUUGCAAGGCCACUAUCCGCUGCUCCUCCAGACAAAAGAUGGCACUUUGCCCGAAUCCCUCGUUCAGGACCUGGCAUGGAGGGGGUUUGGUGACGCCUGCCGCAGCGCCGUUGUGUGUCCUAUUCGGCCUACCAGGGAAGAGAACGUGAUGGGCCUGCUUUUGCUUGGUUUGAAUCCGAGGAGACCCUAUGAUAAUGACUAUCGACAGUACAUUUCGCUCUUAAACCAGAAAUUGACCACUACCCUGGCUUCGACAGUACUACUGGAGGAAGAAGCUCGGAGGGGGCGCAACAUCGCGGAGGAAGCCGCCUAUGAACAGGCUAGGCUGAAAUCGCAGUUGACUGACAAGACGAAAGAGGCGACCGAAUCACUUCACAAGUUCGAGGCCGUGGCAGAUUUCAUCCCGGUUGGCAUGGCCUUCCAGAACGCCCAAGGCGUCUUGACCAAGACGAAUGACGCCUGGCACCGGAUCACUGGCAACCCCCAUCGAGAGACCGGCCCAUCGAUGGCUCUGAGAGAUAUUCUCUCUUAUAUUGUUGAAGAGGACAGACCCGGCGUAAUCAAGGCUUACGAGAAAUUGCGCACCGAAGACAGCAUCACUUUCGAAUGUCGACUAAUCCGGCGCAAUACGGUCAACAGCCCACCCCCGCUGGUGAGAGAAUCUGCAAGCUUCGAGAGGGCCGGCAUUGAACUUCGUGGAAUCGAUGACCAGGCGUCCGAACGCCACAUCCUUGCAGCUGCUCGAGCUGAACGUGCCUCAGACGGCAGCAUCCUCCAAGUGCUGACUUGCUUGACUGACGUCACUCUACACAAGCAGACCGCUGAAGAAGCAAUUCGUAGGGCGCAGCAGGCCGAAAAUUUGAAGCGCAUGGCAGAACUUGCGACCGUCGGGAUGUACGAAAUGGACUUGGACGGACAGCUGGUCGAGGCGAAUAACGUCUUCUUCCAGAUGUGCGGCCUCGAGAAGGAUGACACGAACAUGAAAGAGACUGGCGUCAAGCCCUGGCAAACCUGUAUAGUGGAAGAGGACUUGCCUGCUUUACACGACGUGAUGAAGAAGGUUACCCACGAGGGCACGCCCCAGACCAUCGAGGUCCGAUUCAAGACGCCUUUGACAGUCAAGGAUAGCCAAGGUACCGAAAUUGUCGUGCCGAGAUGGGCUUACGGUACCUUCCUACCUGUGAGAAGCUCAGACGGCGCAAUCCAGUCGUACUGCGGGUGUGUGAGCGAUGUUUCCCUUCAAAAGUGGCAACUUGAGCGGGAAAGGCUGCGCAAGGAGGAAGCGCUAGAGUCAAAACGGCAGCAGGAGAACUUCAUCGAUAUGACCUCCCAUGAGAUGCGCAACCCGUUGAGUGCAAUCAUUCACUGUGCCGAUGCUGUCAUUGCAUCACUUGGAAAAGCGUUGGACCUGCAGCAGAGGAGGGUGGGUCUCAGCAGGCAGAACACCACGACGUCAAACAGUGGUGUCAGCAGCGGCGGCGGCAUGCGCAGAGAGGAUGAGCUGCUUAUGGAGAGCAGCGUUGAAAACGCGGAAACAAUUAUCGCUUGCGCGCAGCACCAGAAACGGAUUGUCGACGACAUUGUCAGUACACGCCUGCUCUUUCUAGUACUUCAAGCAUGAUCAUUCCCUUUCUUCCAUACAAUUCUUGGAAACCAAGUAUUGGUAGGAGGCUGUUGGCUGUUCGAGUUAUUCUCGUCCACCAAUCCUACCCCCUCCCUCUCAAAACAACCUAUAUUCUCAUCUCCUACCAUCUCAGACAUACAUCAUACAUCCUCUUCAUAACCUCCCUCCUAACCUCCCUUCCACCUCCUAACACACUUCCCCCUCCCUUCUCUCCUUCCUAACCCCCUAGUCCCUCCUCCAUCCUAACCUCCCUCCUCCAUCCUAACCUCCUUCCUCUAUCCUAACCUCCUACUUCCUACCCUCCCUCCUACCCUCCUACCCUCCCUCCUACCCUCCUACCCUCCCUCCUACCCUCCUACCCUCCCUCCUACCCUCCUACCCUCCCUCCUGCCCUCCUACCUCCCUCCUACCCUCCUACCCUCCCUCCUACCCUCCUACCCUCCCUCCUACCCUCCUACCCUCCCUCCUACCCUCC